AUCUGCGGGUCUUCUUCCUUGACGCGUGUUUCUUGUUUCUUUAGUGUUUGCCUUUUGUCAGAGUGAUUCCAUUUUAAACUACCGGCUGUCCAUCAAUUUGUAUAGUAACCGCCCACUUCACCCUUCCUCUGCGGCAGCUGGAUCUCUCUGCAACCCUGUUCAGCUUUUCACAGCAUCGGGGAAGGCGAGAGAACCAGCGCUGUGCCUUUAAUUCUCAAAACAGGCUCUCAGCUUACCAACAGCAUAUGACCACCGCCGAUAAAGAGUAAGAUUUUAAAAAAUAAUAAUUAACACAUCUAAGGCUUUUAUCACGUCUUAACCGAGAGACAAAGCGCGCAGUCACGACAAGCUCUGGGAAACUCGACGUGAUCGUGCGGGGAGAGGACUCACGACUCAACGGUUCUGUUUUAUAUUAUUAUAUUCAGAGGUUAUUGUUUCGUUCCGUGACUGUGUUAAUUAAUUAAGGAACUGUCUAACCAGUAGGAGAAUACCACAGUAACGUCAGGGUGCUGUGGGGGAGGGGAGGGGAGCGAGGCCGGGGUGGAGCUUGACUCAGUUGGGCAAUGGGAUUGAUUCAUUGAGUUUUAUAUUAGUAUCAUAUUCAAGUGUGCCACUUUAAUUUGCUAAGGGGUUGGCACUGUAAACGUGGAGUGGGAAAUUCAAAAGUGCAGAUAAACACUGGCCAGUGAUUGACGUAAAUGUCAUAUUAGUAGUUGAAAGCUAUUAUUAUUAUUAUUAUUAUUAUUAUUAUUAUUAUUAUUAUUAUUUGUGAUGCAAGUGUAAUUCAUUCCAGAAGAGGCAGUGAAAAGAGUACAGUGCAGUCGGAGCUGAUGUCAGGGUUGGCCGAGCUCCAGCUUGAGAAUAUUUAUGGAGGGAUGCCAUGGGUACAGCCACAGCACUGGCUCCUCAAGCACAACCUAGAAGUUACUCUUGCUGAUUAAUAAUGAAUGAGAGAUAACAUCUGAUUCUUUUUAAACAAUUUGUAUUAAUUUUACAUAUUUAGUAGUAUAAUGCAAUAUAGUCGUCCAACACAAUUAUCAGUAAACAAAUAUGUGGAAUUGUGAAUAACAAGGUAUGACAUGUAGAGUAAUUUUCAGAUAUUUUUUAAAUUAUCAUGCAGACGAUAUGUGAAAUAGUUUAAUCCUUAUAAUUCUGUUUUUUUAGCCAGAUGGGGCUUUGUGGCAAAAGUUUGUUUUUUCUGCUUUGUGAUGCACUUCAUGGAAGAUGGCUUUAUUUCAUGUAUGAACAUAAUGAAGGGACACACUUUUCUUCCAAGGCUAAAAGCUUAAGUAAUUCUUACUUGUUUUCUGUUCAAUGUGUUUGUUACUCAAAAAACCUUGGUUUUCCUGAAUAGUGCAUGGAUCAAGCAUGACAACCCAUUCUUGGAAACUAAUCAAACCCUUUACAUACAUACAUUAUGUAAUGCAACUUAUUCUGCCAAGCAAGUAAACUAUGCCUCUGUUUUGGUACACAGUAUCAAAUGCUGUAUGCAUUUUUGGUCAGAAAUGCAGUAUGGUAUAAUUGCAGCAUAUUUAUGAUGAAGUGUAAACCCACAAUAAAUAAAUAGCAGUUAUUUUAUUGUUUCAGCUUUUAGAUUCCACUCGUGUCAUUUAACAGUUUUGGUGUCUAAAAUUCUGCAAGUUUGCAGCUAGGUAGUGCCUGAGAUUAUUUGCAGUUAAGGUAUUGACCUGCUGCAGCAGUUCAGGUGUAUUUUUAUCUGCAGCAACACCAGUGUGGAUUUCGCUUGAGCACGGGUCAGGUAGGAUUGAUUUACCAUGAAUUUUACUUGACUGCACCCUGAUUUGUGUACUGUUUGUAGCGUACCCAGUGGAACUGGUGCAUUUUGAAAACCGUUCCAUCUACACAUUAACAAGUGUAAUAAAAAGUUCCCAUAUUUUUUAUUGCGACAAUGGAAAAUGAACCAUGAAUAUUAUAAUCUUGAUAACAUUUGUGCUACAGCAUCCUUAAAAAUAAAACAAAAAGUGUAUUCGCUUCUAUUGUGUAUGUUCCUCACCAGGUUAUGCAUCCUUCCUGGUUUGUUUUAGGAAUACACUGAACAAGGAAAUGUCAGAUAAACUAAAAAUGAUUUAUUAAUGUUAACUUAUAAGGUAUACAUGCUCUUGCUUUGAAAAUAUUAUGCAGUUUAUGACCCUCAAAGAUACAAAUGUGUAACAACAAAAUGUCUGAAUAACAGAUCACAAAGUAAAUGUAGAUAUUAUGUAUGAUGAAGUGUUGGUUAUUGUGAUUUGUUCUCUUUGCUUUUAGAUGCAUGUUUGUUAUUUUUAGGCUCAGCAGCCCAGGCUGGCUAGUCCUGUGACAGUGGAAGCAAGUGCCCAAUUUUCAUUUCAACGCUAGAUGAACCUUACUUCUGACUGGCCUAAAAUGGGCAGAAAGAGAGCAGAACAAAAGCUGUUUGUCGCUAGUACAAAAGUGCUGAAGCAGUUCAUUCAGGAAGAAGCUGAACAAAAUGUUUCCAAAAGGCACAAAACGUAAAUUUUCUGAGGGCGAAGAAGUUCCUGACGAGAAUCCAGCUGAUAUUAAAGUUAUGUCUUCAUAUAACCUUCAACGGCAGUCUCUGCUAGACAUGUCCCUGAUAAAGCUCCAGUUGUGUCACAUGCUGGUGGAACCUAACCUGUGUAGAUCUGUGCUCAUUGCAAACACAGUACGGCAGAUCCAAGAAGAGAUGACACAGGAUGGAAGCUGGACGAUCAUGGCUGAAGCUCUGAAUUCAAAUCAGAGCCCCUCUGAUCGCCUGGUUGCAACAGAAAUUCUUUGCAGACCAUCACCAAAGGACCAAGACAAGGAAAAGCCUUUUUCUGUCAUCAGCUAUGAAGGCUGUGACUCUGUCAGCUGUCAUUCAGAAGAAGUAGUUGAUGAUUCUUUGUGUGAGCCAUCUUCUGAAGCCCCAACGUAUCUGCCAAGCAGCAUCGGUACCUGGGGGAAAGAGGACCAGAAGGAGAACUCAGAAGAGGAGUCUGAAGAGGACCCGAAGCCAGAGGAACAAGGUUUUGGAACUUUUGGAAUUAAGAACCCCACUGCUACUCCAGACCCUGCCCUUGACGAGCUCUUUUCAGAUGUUGACACUUCUUAUUACGAUCUUGACACCAUGUUGACAGGAAUGCAGAGCAGUCCUAAAAUGGGGCCCUAUGAUUUGUUGGACAGUUUGUCAUCUCACAGUCCAUCCAUCAGUUCAAACUCUGGCUGCAGGCCUGAUCUCAAUGAACUUGAUCACAUUAUGGAGAUCAUUGUUGGGUCCUAAAACUGACCUAAAAAAUCAACUGUACAGAUGUGGAUGGUAUGCAAAACUGCUAGCUCUUGACUGUCAUACACUGACUAUGAUGAAGUGUAAGUUAUGUUUUUUAAGGGCUAAUAUUUUUACAUGCCAACCAUUGGAAGUUUAUUUACAUUCAUUUUGUAUGUCUUUGUGGGUUAUGUUUUUUUCACUUUUUUAAAUUUUAUUUAUUGUGACAUUUACUCUGAAAUUAUGUCUUUACACUACAUAAUUUUGAAUUGAACAAAUGAAUUGUGUACUAAAAGUUUAAAAGCUACACAUAUUUUUCCUAAAAAAAGAAAUAAUAAAGUAUAUAUCUAUAUUUUUACAACACAUACAGCUUUGGAAAUGUUACAGUACUUUUAGAAUAUUUUAUGUGAAAUAAUUAUGAUAAAAUUGAAAACAAAAAAUCUAUUUGAAAUGGUCUAUAUUAAGUCUUCCUUUUGACUUUAUCCUUAAGUGCAGUAUAUGCCUAGUGUGGAGAUUGAUGCAUAGAAAUGGUGGAAGGCACCUUUUAUAUUAGUGCUUGGACAAUAUGUGUAGCCUACAUCUCAGUCAGAUUAUUUUGGCAAGAUUGCAUAAUUGCUAAUGUAUUUCCAACUUGCUCCUGCUUUUGCUGUUAGAAGCCAUAUGUUCUUACUACAAAUGAAGAAUUAUGGGUCGAACCAAGUUUUAAGUUAUUAGUUAAUUUAUUUUUUUUAAUUUAUUAAAUGCACAUCAGUUUGAAGUUUUGAGUUUACAGUAACUCAAAGUUGUAUCAACUUUAUGAAAUACUUCAUUGUCAAAGUGUUCUUUUGGAAUUACAAGCCCUGUACCAUGUCUUGGGAUAUCGGGCUGUGGCAGUUUUCUUGCAAUGUAGAAAUCAGUGGUUACCACUGUAUAAACAGUAUUUAAGUACAGGAAUAAUGGCAAACAGAGGUUCAGACUAAUGUAUUCGUUGUUGAUUCAUUCUAAAAGAACAGCUAGACUGUAGUUUGGUUAGUUGUGUUUCUUCUAACACACAAGGGUCGUCUUUUCUAAGAUUUGUAAACAUAAUAUUCAUUAUCAUGGCUGAUUGAUUACUCGGGCAAGGUAAAUAACACUAUGUAACACAAUUUUUGUUCCUGGGUAGCAAGUGUUAUCCUAAUUGCUUAUGCCUCAAAAGU